CUGAAAUUAAGGUUCUCAUUUCAGCGUGAGGUGAUCUCAAUCCAUGUGGGCCAGGCUGGAGUACAAAUCGGUAACGCUUGUUGGGAACUGUACUGUCUUGAACAUGCUAUUCAACCUGAUGGAACGAUGAUCGAUUACAAUGAUGGCGAACAAGAUGCCUAUAAUACGUUUUUUGCUGAAACGAGACAAGGCAAACACGUGCCACGAUGUCUUUUUGUCGAUCUCGAACCUACAGUAAUCGAUGAGGUUCGUACGGGCACCUAUCGAACACUCUUUCAUCCUGAACAAUUACUGUCUGGAAAAGAAGAUGCAGCAAAUUGUUAUGCAAGGGGCAGGUAUACGAUUGGUCGAGAGAUGAUCGAUGUGGUAAUGGAUCGGGUGCGUCGCCUUGCGGAAGCCUGCAAAGGACUACAAGGAUUCCUCGUGUUCCAUUCAUUUGGAGGUGGAACGGGAUCCGGUUUCUUGUCACUCCUCAUGGAACGCCUUUCGACAGAAUACGGCAAGAAACCAAAACUGGAGUUCGCCAUCUACCCUGCCCCUCAGAUUUCAACAUCAAUGGUUGAACCGUAUAACUCGAUACUAAUGACACACACUACGUUAGAACAUUCGGAUUGCUCGGUUUUUAAAAUUAUUCAAAUCCACAAUCGUGAAAUAAAUUCGAUUUCAGUUGAACUGAGAAAUAAACCCACAUACACUAAUCUGAAUCGCUUGAUCGCACAAAUUGUUUCAUCUAUUACGGCAUCGCUACGAUUCGAUGGAGCCUUGAAUGUCGACCUGACUGAAUUCCAGACCAACCUCGUACCGUAUCCCCGAAUUCAUUUCCCACUGGUUACCUAUGCUCCACUAGUCGCCGCCGAUAACGCUCAUCAUGAACAGAAUACUGUAGCCGAUAUUACGAACGCAUGUUUCGAGCCUGGAAGCCAAAUGGUAAAAUGCGAUCCGAGACGAGGCAAAUACAUGGCGGUCUGCUUACUCUACAGAGGCGAUGUUGUGCCAAAAGAUAUUAAUUCAGCAAUUUCGGCCGUGAAAGCGAAGAGGACAGUCCAAUUUGUAGAAUGGAGUCCUACCGGUUUCAAAGUAGGAAUCAAUUAUCAGCCAUCAACUGUCGUGCCUGGCGGUGAUUUGGGUAAACAGAAUCGAUCGGUAUGCAUGAUCAGUAACACUUCCGCAAUAGCAGAAGCUUGGGCCCGUCUCGAUCACAAAUUCGAUCUCAUGUAUUCUAAACGAGCAUUCGUUCAUUGGUAUGUCGGAGAAGGUAUGGAAGAAGGAGAAUUCUCGGAAGCCAGGGAAGAUAUGGCAGCGUUGGAGAAGGACUACGAAGAAAUUGGAGCCGAUGAGUAUACGGACGAUGAAGACGAUAAUCGAACUUAUACUCCUUCAGAAAGAUAUGCUUCAUCUCGAGCAAAUGGAGCUUCUCGAGCAAGCCGAGCAAGCCGAAUGACCAGUGCCUAUUAG